AUGACUCGGGGGAGAGGAAGGUUAAGGAAGAAGGUGUCAUCUUCUCCGUUUCCCCCCUCGACCUCAGUAACUCAAGCGGAUGUAGUUACUGCUUCAACAGGGUCACAAAAUAAAGGUGAGGAAGCGGCGGAGAAACAGAAAUUGUGGGUGGAUGUAAUCAGCGGAAACAGACUACCUACAAAUGGGCUCACGAUUGAAUUCUCAGCUCCUAAAUAUGUUGAGGGAGAGUUUGAAGUAGAAAUAGAAGAGGCGGAUAUGGAAUCGGAGCUUUUGUUCGGGGAUUCAGCACUGAUUAUGUACGCCAUUGGAAAGAACCUAAGCAUGAAUGCUGUGAAGAAUUAUAUGGCAAAAUUCUGGAACUUUGUGCAACUCCCAGGUAUAUACUACCAUGAAGAAGGAUACUUCCUUUUAAAAUUCCACUCCUUACAUGAUAGAGAUCAGGUACAAAUGAAAGGACCAUACUCAAUCCAUGGAGCCCCGAUGGUGUUGAAAGAAUGGUACCCUAAGUUUGAAUUCAAGAGGGAUAUGCUGAGGACUCUUCCCAUCUGGGUGAAACUCCCAAACCUGCCACUUCACUAUUGGGGGGGGGGGGCAAAAAGCCUUGGGAAGAUUGGUAGUGUUUUAGGAACACCACUAUGCACAGAUGAAUGCACAGCAAAUAAGUUGCGUGUCUCCUAUGCAAGAAUCCUGGUUGAGAUAGAUGUCACCUCCAAACAAAAAGACAGCAUAAUUAUCAGAGAUAGUAUAGGUAGAAAAAUUGAACACCCCAUAGAAUACGAGUGGAAACCUAAAUACUGUGAGAAAUGUAUGAAGGUGGGACACAACUGUGAUAAAGAGAAGCUGAAAGUGGUGAAACAAUGGCAACAGAAAAAGGACCCAAAACAAGACACAGGGAAGGCAGUGCUGAAGAAAAAGAAGGAAGUAACACUCGUAAAUAAAGACCAUCUGGAAGUAGAGGCGAAACAGGGAGAUGUUCCUGAAUCAUCUACACAAUGGAAAGAAGUCUCAAGCAAGGGAAGAAAAGGUAAGCUAACUCAGGACUCUCUACCUAUUAAUGAUGGGGAUAUCUGCUUUACAAAUGGGUUUGAUUCACUACAAUUUUGGAAUGAAUCGGGAGUGAACCUGGAUCCUCCUAUAUGA